UCACAAAACAGAGCUCAUAUAUUAUACCAUGGCAUGUUGCUGUCCUUGCAUGAGAACUGUGGCCUGUUUUCGUUCCCAGGCUGAAGAUGAUACUGAUGAUGAUGAUGAUGAUAAGGCAAAGGAUGAAGAUGAAAAUGUCACCCUUAAGAACUUCACAUCUUUAAGAUUUAAGACAGAUGGUACUCCUGAGGGUUCUGGAGAGGAGACAAAGACCAGGAAGAGGUUCUGGAAGGACGGGACGAAUGGUACUCCUCAAAGGGCUGUAGAGGAGAGAAAGAAAAGUCAAAGGGUCUCUGAUUCUUUCAUCAGUAAUAUCCCUCAUAAAGCCCUCUCAGUUCCGGAGAUUAACAAACUAUUAAAAAAUGAUUCUUUGAAAGAGGCCUAUGUGAACCUACUAUCUCUGCGGUCUGAGAUUCAACGUGAGAGGGAAGCUCUGGGUGAGAUGACCCCUCUAGUGGAAUUACCUAAUAAAGAGAAAGAUCUGUCUCAGCUCUGUAAGACCCUGAGGAAGAAACUGACUGAUAUUGUCCAACACUCCUAUGACUCGACCUCCAGUGAGCUGCUGAGGCUCGCUGCCCACAUCAUCCAAGAGGAGGAAAAGAGAGAAGGAGAUCCAGGAGGGAUGAAGGGAUGGAUGGAUGCCUGGGAGGCUGCAGUAAAGGACGGGGUGACAGAAAAACUCAAGGGGGUUCAUCUGGACAGCUGUGAAGACAAUGCUUCGUGGUUGGCCGUGCACUUGGGGCUUCUGGGUAAAGUGAUGGUGGAACUGCUGGAGAAAGUGAAGACGGAGCUUGUUACCUCAUACCCACCAAACUUUCACGUGUUUGACACCUAUGUUUCAUCUUGUCAUGAGUUUGUAGAAGAACAUCUCAGAGAGCUUCUGGGAAAAGUCACAGAACUUAAAGAUUAUUAUGCCAUGCUGGAUUUCACCAUCAACAGCUAUCACAGUGAGAAGAUCCUUGGCAGGCCCUCUUUGCAGCCAGAGAUGAAGGAGCAGAAAGUUCUCGUACUUUCUGAUGACUUUCUAGAGGAGAUUAAACAGAAAUACUGUAACUGUCUGCAGAAAGGCCUACAGACUUUACUUAGCAACAUCAUUAAAGUUGAACAUGAUGAUGUGUGGAAGAAGAAAGAAAUGCCACAGAACACAGUUGAUGGAAGGUUUCCCAUCUCUGAAAUUCACAUUGACAUAUUAAAGAUAAUAGCAGGAUUUGCUGAGAAUUCUAGGAAGAUUGAUGGAAACCUGGAAAAGAGGGUUCUGUGCUGUUGCCUAGAGGCACUGAAGCACUUUCCAAAAAGAUUUGAGGAAGAGUUUUCAAAGCAGAAUUCCUCCUUUUUGGGUUCAGAUGUAUUGGACUGCUGUCUGUGGGCUACAUAUCAUGUCACAUACAUAAACAGCUUCAUUUCACUCAAAGAGCAGAUGGAGUGCUACAGAGGCAGCUGCCCAGAUCAGGAAGACCGGCUGGGGAUGGAAGUAGACAGGCUAGUUCUCCGACUGAGACGAGUUCUCCUAGAACAGUUUAAAGCUGAAAUUGAGCCCUACAAGGAGAGUUUGAUGACCAAGAAAUGGCUCAAAACAGAUAAUGACUUCAACGAAAUAAUGAACAGAAUAGAGACCUACUCUGGAUACACCAAAUCUAUGAAAUCUCCACCUGCACAGUCCUUCGCCAAUGACCUGCAUUACCAUGCAGUGAAGGAGUACAUUUCUGAGCUUCUGAAGGAAAAGUACUCAUGCAAAGGCAAGAAGAAUGAUCUUGGUGCUGCUAAGAUUAAAGAACAGUGGGAUCAACUCAGGAAACUGUUCUCUGAUAUGGGAUCAACAGUAAAUUGGCUUCACCCGCUAGGAGAUCAGCUUAGUGAAAUCAUUGAGCAGAAAAAUGAGAAAGACAUAAAAAAACUCUUACCAUCAUUUGUUGAAAAUUACCCAGACAUCAGUAAGAAGCAAUUUUCAGCCAUUCUGUACUUCAGAGACAAAAGUAUUGUGAGGUAUUCAAAACUACAACGAGUCAUUCGGCACUUUACUGAGCUAAAACAGAAUCCUGAGAAGAAAAACCAUGAACACGCCUUCUUCAGUGAUAUUAAGUGAGACAGUCUGCCACCUUUUCAGGAGUUAUGGACCUUGAUGACCUAAAACUGAUUUGGGGCGUGCUGAAAUGUCCUUGGUGUCAAGGCAAAAAAUUUAAUGCAUCACAAACUAGUGCAUUACAGACCAGUGUAUCAUAGACCAGAGCAUCACAGACCAGUGCAUCAUAGACCAGAGCAUCACAAACCAGAGCAUCACAAACUAGUGCAUCACAGACUAGUGCAUCAUAGACCAGAGUGUCACAGACCAGAGCAAUUUACACCAAAUAACAACAACAACAAAAACUUUAAUUUUAUGUGUUAAAACUAUAGUUUUUAUUGUUAUACACUUGGGUAUGUUCACAUGUUUUUUUCUUCACUCAGAUAUAUUUUUGACUCCACACUUCCAUUUUAAAUAGAGUAAGACUUCAUUUUCACUUUCUCAUAUAAAAUGCUUCUGUUCUUUUUACACCUAUGAAUAUAAAAUAAAUGCAUUACAUUUUUGCUGGA